CAUGGAUCCUCACGCCGUAACCAUCACAGUCCACAAGCCAAACCUAAACCCCAAAAAAACCCACAAAUCCAAAACCAACUAUCAUCACUGAACAAAUGAGACCCCUUUCAGAUCCACCCUGCUAAAAUUUCCCUCUCUUCCAAUCCCCAUUCUCUCUAUAUCCAAUAAUCAAAGCUUUCAUUUUUACUCCAUAGUUGGUUAAACAACCAUAUGCAUCAGUCUCUGAUUGAUUAGCUUCAUAUAUGAUUCACUUUUGGUGUUUACGGUUCUGGAUUUUUGCCCAGACACAUGGGCAGUGAAGCUUUUAUGAGGUUGGUGCCCAAACUAUGAUAAAGUCUGAAGCUUUUAUAUAUCUGGGUUCUUGUACUUGAAGCUCUUUAGCAUAAUGGGUUGUGUAAAGUUUUGAUUUUGAUGGAUGGGUGUGUUUCAAUUUAAAGAAACACCUAAACCAUGCUCUCUCUGCGAACCAGUCGCAGAUUUUGUCAUGUUGCCAGCACUACUGUAGUAGCUAGGAGUUGUUGUACUGCUGCUGCUGUGCCGAAAUCGGUUAAGGCCUUGGAAGAGCCUGCUCUAGUUAAGCUUAAAGCCGAGAGGGACCCUGAGAAGUUGUUUCAGUUGUUUAAGGCCAAUGCACACAACCGGCUUGUUAUUGAGAACAGAUUUGCAUUUGAAGACACGGUGGCUCGGUUAGCUGGGGCUCGCCGGUUUGAUUACAUUGAGCAUUUGCUUGAGCAUCAGAAGAGUCUUCCUCAAGGGCGGCGAGAAGGGUUUGUUAUGAGGAUUAUAACAUUGUAUGGUAAGGCUGGGAUGACUAAGCAUGCUAUUGAUACUUUUUGUGAUAUGCAUUUAUAUGGUUGUUCGAGGACUGUUAAGUCAUACAAUGCUACACUCAAGGUUUUGACUCAGACUCGUGAUUUUAGAGCUAUUGAGGAAUUUGUGAGUGAGAUUCCGCAGCGAUUUGAUAUUCAGUUGGAUGUAUAUUCGGUUAAUAUUGUUAUCAAGGCUUUUUGUGAAAUGGGGGAUUUGACCAAAGCAUAUGUGAUCAUGGUAGAGAUGGAAAAGUUGGGAAUAAGACCGGAUGUCAUUACGUAUACAACUUUGAUAUCAGCGUUUUAUAAAAGUAAGCGGUGGGAGAUUGCUAAUGGUUUAUGGAACCUUAUGGUCCUGAGAAGGUGUUUACCUAAUCUUGCCACUUUCAAUGUUCGAAUCCAGUUCUUGGUUGAUACGAAACGAGCAUGGGAAGCUAACAGAGUGAUGAAGAUGAUGCAGAAUAUUGGGAUUGCACCUGAUGAAGUUACAUUUAAUUUGGUGAUCAAAGGGUUUUGCCAGGCUGGGAAACUUGAAUUGGCAAAAAGGGUAUAUUCUGCCCUACAUGACAAGGGAUACAUGCCCAAUGUCAAAAUUUAUCAGACCAUGAUUCAUUAUGUUUGCAGAGAAAAAGAUUUUAAUCUUGCAUAUACAAUUUGUAGAAAUUGCAUGCAGAAAAGUUGGCAUCCAAAUGUGGAUACCAUUCAUACAUUGCUUCAAGGCCUGAAGAGGAAUAGUCAGCUUGGUAAGGCUAAUGCGAUCAUGACGUUGGUUCGAAGAAAGGUGCCUCCGUUUUCUUCAAAACAGUUGAGUUCCUUGCAAUCCAUACUAACCAAGAGUUGAAAGAAGUUGAGGCGAGGGAUUGGAAUACUGAAAAGUGGUUGAUUGUAUAUGGUCAGCUGCACAAGAGCUGGUAAUCUUUUUUGCCCAACUCCUCUGUAAAUUUGCAGAACUGAUUGAAAUUAGAUUUUUUUUUAAUCAUACGAAAGGGACAUUCCCAUAAAUCCAUAAUCUUCAACACUUUGUUGUACUGCUGCCUCAAUAAAGCUCUUGAUAUAAUGGAGUUCUGAAUUUUGCUCAUAGAAAAGAAAUGAAGUUCUGAAUGAAAUUGCCCACUCAAUUUGCUUUUUAGUGGUGAAGAACAGAAUGGUCUGGGAACAAUAGCAGUCAUCCCCACUAAAAGCAUAUAUUGGUAAUUUCAAGUAUUUUUUCA